UAAGGCCGGGUCCCUGAGGGUAUCAGCAUCCUUGGGGGUGGGGUUCCUGCCUUUGGAGCGUUCCUUAAGUUAUAACUUACAAAAGAUGUGACUUGUGCUAUAUUGGCUGCUGUAAGAAACAGUUGGAUCAGCAACAGGCUGGGGAAUUUUGCCCAGCAUAAAAGAUGACAACAGCAGCUCGGCCAACUUUUGAACCUGCGAGAGGCGGGAGAGGAAAAGGAGAAGGUGAUUUGAGCCAACUCUCAAAGCAGUAUUCAAGUAGAGACCUACCCUCUCAUACAAAGAUAAAAUACAGACAGACCACUCAGGAUGCCCCUGAAGAGGUUCGGAACCGUGACUUCAGAAGAGAAUUAGAAGAGAGAGAGAGAGUUGCUGCAAGAGAAAAGAAUAGAGAUCGUCCAACUCGAGAACAUACAACCUCCUCUUCAGUGUCAAAGAAGCCUCGGCUAGACCAGAUUCCUGCUGCCAACCUCGAUGCAGAUGAUCCUCUAACAGAUGAGGAAGAUGAAGAUGAAGAUUUUGAAGAGGAGAGUGAUGACGAUGAUACUGCAGCUCUUCUGGCAGAACUAGAAAAAAUUAAAAAAGAAAGAGCUGAAGAGCAAGCCAGGAAGGAACAAGAACAAAAAGCUGAAGAAGAAAGGAUUCGUAUGGAAAACAUUCUGAGUGGAAACCCUCUCCUUAAUCUCACUGGCCCAUCCCAGCCUCAGGCCAACUUCAAAGUUAAAAGAAGAUGGGAUGAUGAUGUUGUUUUCAAGAACUGUGCAAAAGGUGUGGAUGACCAGAAGAAAGACAAAAGAUUUGUUAACGAUACGCUGCGAUCUGAAUUUCACAAAAAGUUCAUGGAGAAAUAUAUUAAAUAGUACAGUUUUAUGUGCUUUAUUAAAGACUAUAAAAUGUAAAUGAUCAUUCUGACUUUACUUGGUUAGUUUCUUGUUUUUUAUUCCUUUUCCCCCACAUUUAAAUUGUGAAUAGGCUUUCCUAACUUUAAGUUCCAAAAUAUCUUUUCCUUGACUGAUACCUUAUUUGAUAAGUAAGAAUUUGGGAAUUGUCUUAAACCAGUUUCCAGUCUCUGAAUGUUUUCAGUCAGGUUUUCUUUUUAAGAUUCAAAAGGUAAUCUGCUUAUAAUGUUUUUAAUAAUUCAAAUAACCAAAUUCAUUUCCCCCAACUUUUUUGUUGAAAUGUAUGCAGCUUAUGAAACAUUGCAUAUUUUCUUUUGUGUAUUGUAUUUCUUUGUACAUUAACUUUCUCCUCAUUUCUCUAACAUGGAUUUAAGGGCAGUUAA